AUCACCUCAUUCAACAAGAGUUUUGAGUUUCUUAGAGCGGCUACGUUGACAAAGGGAGAGAUCGUGACUGACUGGUUUCGAUUUGAAGAAGAAAAAUGGGUCAUUCAAACGUCUGGAACUCUCACCCUAAGAACUACGGCCCUGGAUCUCGCACAUGCCGUGUGUGUGGAAACCCACAUGGGUUGAUCAGGAAGUAUGCACUUAUGUGCUGCAGGCAGUGUUUCCGCAGUAAUGCCAAGGAAAUUGGUUUCAUUAAGUACAAGUAAGUGAUUGAAGAUUCUUGGGAGAAUUUUAUGACAUUUCUGUUUCAUUAAUGAAUGAUUUUAUGGUCAUGACUUUCUUAUAACCUUUGUUAGUACUCUAUUAUGAGGCAAGAAUUUUUUUGAAUGAAUCCUUAAUUUAGUUUUCUUUGAAUUUGGUUCUCUCUAUUUGUCUUGCCCUUUUGAUUACAGUUGAUAAUGUCGAAAUGAGUUCAUUAAUGAAGAUUGGUUUGGUUUUUUUUGGAA